AUGUCCAAAGUCAAGGGUUCCAAGACCGACAAGAAGGUCAAGUCUGAGGUCAAACCACUCUCAGCAGUCAAAAACGCGUCUGUCACUAAACCAUCUCAGACUCCAGCCGCCAAGUCCAAGCAAAUCGCGAAGGCCACUGCCACCAAGGUCAAUGGCAAGAAGAGCAGCAAGCCCGUCAAGAAGGCCCCAUCGCCUUCCUCCUCCGAGGCCGAGAGCGACAGCGAAGAUGAGAAGAAGCCCGCCGCCACCAGCGAUUCCGACUCUGAUGACGACUCUUCCGCGUCCGAGGCUGAGGUCGCAAAGCCCGUCUUGAACGGCAAGGCUAAUGGCAAGACCAACGGCCAAGCUGCCAAGAAAGAGGUAGAUACCUCUGAUUCCUCUGACGAAUCCGAGUCUGAGGGCUCGGAUUCUGAUUCCGAGGCAUCUGAUUCUGACUCCGUUCCCAAAAAGUCUGCUGCUGCCGCUUCCGACAGCGAAGACUCUUCCGACGAGUCCGAUUCUGAUGAGGAGACUGCACCAGCUGCCGUCGCCAAGAAGGUUGUCGAGACUGCAAAGGGUGCUGUCAAUGGCGCUGCCAAGGUAGUUGCCAAGGCUACUGAGUCCGAUGCUGAGUCUGACUCCGACGGCUCUGACGAUGAUUCUGACGCAUCUGGAUCUGACUCUGAAUCCGACUCUGAUGACUCUGCCGCUGAGACUGAAGCUCCUUCCAAGAAGCGCAAGGCCGAGGACGAGCCCGUUGCAUCUGCCAAGAAGUCCAAGACCGAGGCCGUCGAUGACAAUGGAAGCAAGAACCUGUUCAUUGGCAACCUAAGCUGGAACGUCGAUGACGAGUGGCUGUACCGUGAAUUCGAGGAGUUUGGAGAGAUUACCCGUGCAAACAUCAUCACUGAUCGUGAGAGUGGACGCUCCAAGGGAUUCGGAUACGUCGAGUUCUCCAGCUCUGCCUCGGCUGCUGCUGCCCUUGCUGCCAAGAAGGACCAAGAUAUUGACGGUCGCAAGGCCAAUGUCGACUUCUCUACCCCAAGAUCCAACGAUGGUCCAAAAGACAAAGCAGACAGUCGUGCCAAGCAGUUCGGCGACUCAACCAACCCUCCUUCUGACACCCUGUUUGUCGGUAACUUGUCAUUCGAUGCUGAUGAGAACGCUGUUGGUGAGGCUUUCGGCGAGCACGGAACUGUCGUAAACGUCAGACUUCCUACUGACAUGGACUCUGGUAACCCUAAGGGCUUCGGAUACGUCACAUUUGACUCCAUUGACGGUGCCAAGGCUGGUUACGAGGCCAUGAAGGGACAAGAGAUCGCUGGUCGCCCAGUCCGUCUCGACUAUGCUACACCCAAGCCAGACCGUGGUGCUGGAGGUGGUGGUCGUGGAGGUGGACGAGGAGGUCGCGGUGGCUUCCAAGAUCGUGGAGGACGCGGAGGUGGUCGUGGCGGUGGACGUGGAGGCAGCCGUGGUGGCUUCGGUGACCGUGGAGGACGUGGAGGUGCUCGUGGUGGCCGUGGCGGAAGCACAAACCGUGGUGGCUUUGGAGACUUCCAAGGCAAGAAGCAGACUUUCUAA